CUGCGAAGUGUAUACCAGACCAAGUUACCUCUGUCUCGUAGUAAGGUACACAGUGUGACCAAGGCGGCAAUGAGAGCUAUGCGAUUCUACAAGCAUGUUGUAAUGAAUCUGGAAAAGUUUAUUCAUAAGUGUGGUCCUGAAUAUAAGUUGCCAGCCUUGUAUAUUAUGGAUUCAAUAAUCCGCCAAUCUAAAUAUCAGUAUGGUGACGAAAAGGACAUGUACGCUCCUAGAUUCAGUAAAAAUAUAAACGAGACCUUUGAAAAUUUAUAUAAAUGUCGUAAUGAUGACAAGAGUAAAAUUGUCAGAGUACUAAAACUUUGGACUGAGAACGGCAUCUACAAAGAGGAUAUUACACAACCGUUAUUAACUAUGGGAUUGGGCGAAGGUAACUUGAAAAUAUUAACGACUAUUAAAUAUAUGUACUUUGUAAGCUGUUCUUGA